AUGCCGCUAGUGGGCCUGGGGACGUGGACGGCGACCGAUCAAGUUGCCAGUGAAGCUGUAAAAACGGCGUUGCAGUUGGGUUACAGACAUAUCGAUACCGCUUGGCAAUAUCGAAAUGGAGGUGCAAUUGGAAAGGGGAUCAAAGAAUCCGGUGUUCCUCGAUCUGAGAUCUUCCUGUGCGACAAGUUAAUCAGCACAAGGCAUACGAGGGCUGAGGAGGCCCUUGAAGAAACUCUCGAAGAGUUGGGGACCGACUAUCGGCAUCUCUGGCUGAUGCAUUGGCCCGUUCCCUUGAACCCCGAAGGAAAUGACUGGAAACUCCCGAAGCUGCCGGAUGGCAGCCCCGAUUACUACACUGGGACUUCUUCCUCGCCUUUCACGUUUGUAGACACGUGGCUAUCAAUGGAGAGUGCGUUUCGCAAAUAUCCAUCCAAACACAUGGCAUCUCUCGCAACCCUCGAGGCCGGCAGUGUGGUCCCUGCGGUCAACCAGAUCGAGAUCCACCCGCAACUGCCGCAGGACAAGGUAAUCGAAUUCUGCCGGCAGAAGAAUAUCGCAGUCGUGGCAUAUAGUCCACUGGGAAGUCCGCAGAGCACGGUUUUGACCAACCCAAAGCUGAAAACACUGGCUGAAAGCAAAGGAAAUGGCAUCGGCGUCGCCAACUUGUUGAUCAACUGGGCUUUGGCAAGGGGCUAUGGAGUCAUUCCGAAGACGACUUCACCCCGAAGAAUGACCGACAAUCUCAAACUCGUCGAUCUGACAGAAGGAGAGAUGCAAGCUAUCCGUGAUGUUGGAUUGUCGGCGCCCAAACGUUAUUGUACGCCGGCUUGGGCUGCAAAGGGUGUUUUUCUCGACGAGUCAUGA